ACUACUUUGCGAUGGCGGAUGGUUUUCAGUGUGCGCCACACCCUGAACCAAGCCAAGAUGGCUGCUCUGGUGGAAAUUAAGAUUUAGCACUGCCGAACAACAGUAUUUACAGCUCCUUUCGUCUUUACUACGAUGUCUACAAGAAUGGAUAGCACGGGGAACUAUUUCUAGAGAGUCCAUAGGUAUAAACAGUGGUUCAAAGUUGCCUGUGUUCCUUCAGCGCGAAGCUUUUUGGGUGAAAGCCGCUCGGAAGUUGAGGAGGGGACAGACGACUCCGUCUGUUUUUUGUGGGAGAAGAUUUGAUUUGGUGUCCGUGAGUGUGAAGAAAGACUGAACUUCAAAAUGAUGAUGGAACAUUUGCCGAAUCAGAACACCCAGGCGGAUCCUGAGGUGCUUUUUACCAAACUGGAGCGGAUUGGCAAGGGUUCGUUUGGAGAGGUGUUCAAGGGCAUCGACAACAGGACCAAGGAAGUGGUGGCCAUCAAGAUCAUUGACCUGGAGGAGGCAGAGGAUGAGAUAGAGGACAUACAGCAGGAGAUCACAGUUCUUAGUCAGUGUGACAGCCCCUAUGUUACCAAGUACUUUGGAUCUUUUCUCAAGGGCACAAAACUAUGGAUUAUAAUGGAGUACCUGGGUGGAGGCUCAGCAUUAGACUUGAUGAAGGCCGGUACAUUUGAAGAGCACUUCAUUGCAACAAUUCUACGAGAGAUCCUGAAGGGACUGGACUAUCUUCACUCUGAGGGAAAACUGCACAGAGAUAUCAAAGCUGCCAACGUCCUACUGUCAGAGAAUGGUGACGUAAAGCUGGCAGAUUUCGGGGUGGCAGGACAGCUGACCGACACCCAGAUCAAGAGAAACACAUUUGUGGGGACGCCCUUCUGGAUGGCACCAGAGGUCAUCAAACAGUCGGCCUACGACUCAAAGGCGGACAUCUGGAGUCUGGGCAUCACAGCAAUAGAACUGGCAAAGGGCGAGCCUCCCAACUCUGACCUGCACCCCAUGAGGGUCCUGUUCCUCAUCCCCAAGAACAACCCUCCCCAGCUAGAGGGGAGCUACAGCAAAUCCUUCAAGGACUUUGUCGAGUCCUGCUUGAACAAAGACCCCAAGUUUAGACCUACAGCAAAAGACUUGCUCAAGCACAAGUUCAUCCGCACAGCAAAGAAGACAUCCUUCCUGGUGGAGUUGAUAGAGAAGUUUAAGAGAUGGAAGGCAGAGGGCCAUGGGGACAGUGAUUCUAAUAGUGACGAUGAGUCAAUUGCAUACAUGUCUGUGGCUAACACCCUCCCUUCCAGCCCGGGAUGCCUCAACCCCCUCGCAAAAAGUCUCUGGAACAUUUUCAAGUCCACAGAAAAUGUCUCGGCCACAAAGUCUCCCCUGCUGGAGGCACAGUACCAGACCUCCUCCACCCUACCUGACUGUCGUGCACCCGAUCCGUCUCUAUCCCUGACAGAAAAAGGAGACGAUGAUGAAGAUAAUGAGAACAACGACCCCAACUGGGACUUUGGCACGGUGAAGAGCAGGCCGGGAUCAGUGAAAAACAGCCAGCAGAACGGAGAAACCAACUCGGAGGCUGUCAGGACAGAGACGACCUCUCCUGCCACAAGAGUGCCCAAGUCUAGAAGUCUACAUGACUUGAUAGUGCCUUUAUUAACUCAGAUAAAAGAUAAACAUCGUCAGAACGGAGAGGGAAUAUUGGCAAUUGAUGACCUCAGGGAGGCAUUUGCUUUGGCGGAGGACUCGUGCCCCGGUAUCACGGACAUGCUGGUAGACAACGUUGUACAGAGAGUAAGACGGUACAGUGUAUCACACGGCACCUCAGCAUCUUCUCGUCACUAGGACUGAAACAAGCUUCACCCUCACCAUACAGCAAGGACAUCACCAUCCACACAUCCAUGCCAAGAAGAAUUACUAAGAAGCAGUCUUCUAACACUCCUUAUGUAAUAUAUAUAUAUACAUAAAUCUAUCUAUCUAUCUAUAUAUGUAUGCAAGGAACAAAUUUAUCUUCAGAGGAAUAUGGCACUUCCAACAUCAGUUUUUGAGAAGUGGACUAGGAAAUAGCUUUGUUGUUCAUUCAGGCUAACCCACUGUCAAUCUUUCAUUUCUGGUUAUCCUACAUGUACAGUCAUGUAUAUGUCAUAUGCUUUUGUAGAACUUUAAAUAGCCAGGUCACUACUGUUUCUUAUAAUAUGAAAAGACAUGGACCUGUCUGUUAAAACAUUAUCUCAACUGAGUCAAGUAUGGAAAACUGUAAUUUCUCAGUCCAAUGAAAGGGUAGCUGUGGCUGGCAUAUUGUUGGAAACUUGUCAUUAGUUAUACAGACAGAUUUUAAAAGCAUAAUAUUUUUGAUCCCAAGUCAGUCAGUUGUAUAAGUGAGGUUUUACUGUAAGUGAAGAUAUCCAAGAAGAUAAGACAAUGUUACACAGCAAUUCCAGCCUGACACAUGCCCCCAUAUUAUCACUUACUCAUCUGUAAAUGACCACAAAUAUUACUUCAUAAGCAAAAAAGAACGUUUGGAGAAGGGGAAUGUAACCUGUGUGUACUAAUUGAGGAAAUAAUGGUGUUUGUUGGUGGAAUGUUAAUCUUUCAAACAAGGCAGAGAGUCUGUACAUUUCUUGACCUUUUUUUCCUCUGCUGAUUUUAUUUUAGUAGUAGCAUAGUACUCAGAAAAACAAAAGGUAUCAUUUUUACUUUCCUUCUGUGCUCUCCUGUUGUAUUACCCACAUAGUUACCUAUGCAACUGUCCAGGUGACCCAUUAUGGUCUGUGUGCCGGAAAAGAACUGUUGGUAACGUUGAACAGUUAAAACUUGUGCCACAUGACAAUAUUACAUGGUUACUUGUUUCUUCCAAAAUUGAUAUUUCAGACCACAUCAUUUGUACAUUGUUGUAAGUGGAGACUCAAGCAUUGAGCAGUAUUAAUUUGUUUUGGCUUGUAUAUUUGCCAUGGACCUCACUUUGCAAAGAUGCAGUAAUACAGGAAUAGGUGGAGGGGAGCUAAUAGAAAUAUUUGUAAGGCUGUUCAAUACCUAAUGAUUUUGUGGUAAAUACUGACAAAAUGAUAGUGAUCAGAGAUUCCUCGCCGGACAUAGGAUUUUGAGAUGGAUACGUACGUAUGAUGUGUACGUAUCCUAGCACUGAUUAUUCAGAACUGUACGUAGCAGAUUUCUUCUCUAGAUCUAGAGAAGUAGAGAUGGUUUUAUUUGCUUCCACUUCAUUAGAUGUUCUGUUCUUAAAUAAGGUCUUUUAGAUGGAAUAGAUGGUAAAAUACAAUGCCAAAAUUAUGGGCAAAAUAAGUUGUGUCAUCUUUGAUGUGAUGUAUUACAUUGAUGCAAUAAAUCACCAAAGAAACAACAAA